UCUGCCAUACUGUUCCUAGACCUGUCCUGUAGAUAUAUACGAUACCGCGAUACUGCGAUACGCAUACACAUCACAGUGAUCACAGAUCACAGUUUAUCUGAGUUUAUCAAACAGUGAGCGAUGUGCUGGUUUGCAUCGACGAACGUGAAACAUUUUUGGUGAAUGUGAUGUUUCACCAUCGAAAAGUCAAACGUCUCGUCAAUCGUUGAUGGGCGUGACGUAAAACGAAUCGACUUCGACGAACUUGUUGAGAAGUUACGAGGAUUUUCUAACCCUACGAUGCGGAGACUCGUCUGCUUUGUGAUGCUCCUUUAUUACUCUACCAGAAGCGUCGCAGAUUAUUCUUGUUAUUCAGACUACUGUCAGAAUGUGACUGAAUUCAUUCCUACACCUGGCUUCCAGUGUUUGUUAACACGUGUAAAAAAAGGCGAAGUGUGUAGAAAAUACAUUUCUGAUGACAAUAUUCAAAGCUACCCGGAAAACACAAAAAGCAACUUUACUUUACGUGCGUAUGUGUCAGAAAUAAAUCCUGGUUUCCGAUACACAGCAUUUAAUUUAAGCGUUACUGGUGUGGAUUUUCAAGAACUUGUCACAUAUUAUCAAUGGAUGGAUAAUAAGAACGAGUUAUAUUGCAGAAAAAUAAGAUUUUAUGGCAAUGAAACAUAUCCAGCUCCAAAAGAACUGUACAUUUCUUGUCCAUUUGCUAAUGACACCUAUGAAAAUAAAAAUUAUCGUUUAAAGUAUAUCGUGACGGGAGAAAGGUACAAGUAUAGGAAACAGUACAUGUUCAGAGUACCUGAUCACAUGUUUUUUGGGGGAGACAUAAGUAUAAGGGAGUACAUGCCAUUUGUGUAUGUAGAUAUUUCUGACAAACCCGUCUUUUCGUUGCAUAUUCAACCAUUACCAGACUCAUAUAAUGUAACUAUGUAUAAAGUAUGGUUGAUGCAGUAUGGUAGCGAUUGGUUCAAGACUUUCGACGUGAGGACUGGAGACGAACUUCGGUACGAUUUUAGCUCGCACACGGGUUACUUUUAUUUUAAAGUUGCGCCGAUGCAUCCAACAUGCGGGGACUACGGAUGCGCCAACAGCACUACGCCCCUGAUCGAACGGCCGUCGCAGCAUUUGCUGUUGAUGAUGGUCAGCAUUGUGUGGAUACCACCAAUGAUAAUGCUCAUCCUUCAUAAAUUCUAUAGAGAAGUAGUAUUGAGGAGACGAAGGAGGCCGAGGUGUUUGUUGCUUUACGUGCCGAGCCGAUCCUCGCACACUACUGUGAUGCGUGAAUUAGAGAAGUACUUGAGAAACUGUAACAUCGACGUUGUGAUACUCGAGAUAAACGCUACGGAUAUCACGGGCGAAGACCCAGAACAUAUGGAUACCGCGUUGCGGAACGCAGACGUUAUUCUCCUCGCCGUUUCUCCACCACCCGAAAAACCCAUGGCAUCGAGCAUUUAUCGAAAUGCCAAUAGUUACCUCCUGAGGCUGAUGGAUGCGAGUCAAUCGCGAACGAAACGUUACUACAUAGUGCAGCUACCGUACUGCAAAUCGGACGAUGUACUCGAAGAAGCGAACAGCAACGUGACAGUAAUUUGUCUACCGAAAGAGCUGCCUAAACUCAUAAAGCUCAUCCAUGGACAUGGGGAAUACGUUUUCUCCGCAUCUGAUAAAGAAUUUUUAGAUAGCUUAAAAACAGUGAAGCUCGAGUUCUUUGAUGAGGAUCCCAACGUUGGAAAGGACGAACGAGAAACUGAAAAUUUAUUGUCCUCGGAAACCACGGAGGUAUCAAAGGAUUGCAACGAUGAUUCACGACUUAUAUCGACGAAUAAGUCAGAGAAGUUCACACUGAAUAUCCAUGAUUUAGAUCUGCUCGGAGAAAAUACGAAUAGCGAUCAAACUUGUACUCGUAAUAAUUUAACGAACAAUGGCUGCGCGAUUCGUCUAGAUCAAUUAAUUACGUGAUUUUAAAGUACCUUCCAUGACUCUGUUUUUUAACUCAUGAUGUUUUUAUACUUAUAUAGAGUUAAUUAAAUUCUUUUUAUUACCAUGUA